AUGCUCUCUCUCUCUUUCUCUUUCUCUUUCUCUCUCUCUCUCUCUCUCUCUCUCUCUCUCUCUCUCUCUCUCUCUCCACUUCUACAUUCCCUUCUUUCUUUCAUUUUCUCGCUGAAAGGAAGUCGUGUCUUUUCUCUUCUCUCCACUCUCUCUCUCUCUAUCUAUCUAUCUAUCUAUCUAUCUAUCUAUCUAUCUAUCUAUCUAUCUAUCUUCAUGUCUAUCUAUUUUAUUUCUUAUAUACUCCGAGAAGAUCAGAAAGACUCGCGGCCCGGCGUGUUCACCUCGUCCGUUUCACCAAUUUCCUCCGUUCACAAUUGGGUGUUGCUAUUAAAAGACAAGCUAUUAACUGCCUUCGUCCAACAAACACUCGCAUGUCAUUUCCGGAAUCUCUAUUCUUAUCUAUCUAGGUCUGUUUAUAAUCUGUUCAUUAUCUAUCUAUCUAUCUAUCUAUCUAUCUAUCUAUCUAUCUAUCCCUCUUCUGUUCAUAUCCUACAUUAUCUAUCUAUCUAUCUAUCUAUCUAUUUACCGUUUAACCUGAUCACCUCAAUCCCCACCUCGACAUCUAACCCCCACCCCAGUUUCACCCUCAGCUCCUUUCCUCGCUAUCUACGUUUCUUCUCACGGCCCCUUCCAUUUCUAUCCCCACCCCAAUGA